CUUGUUUGUGAUUUUGGUCCUGUCUUACCCCAUCUGACUAUAUACUUUAUUCUGGGUUUGGCACUACAAAUUUAAACACUUUCAUGGCAUGAAACCCUUAAUUUUUAGUUUAUUAACACUGGAUUUUUAAAUUACUUGAGCUAAUGUAAAACUGUGUAACUAUUGUUAUUCUUCAAAGCCAAUUGUCCUUUUAUUUUUUUCUUUCCAGUUUUGCAUCUCUCAUCAUCAUAUACAAUUCAUUUCAGUAGCACCAUGGCACUGUCUUACCAAAAGGAAGAUGGAAGUGAUCUCCAAUUGGUUGCCAAAAUUGACAAUGCCAAUAUUGUCCUGCAUCUAUUGAAAACCAUAAGUUUCAGGGAGACUGCAACUGUGUGUGCCAGUGCCAAUGGUCUCAAGGUGACGGUUGAGGAGGGCAAGACACUACAAGCAAAUGCAUUCAUUCAGGCCGAGUUCUUUCAGGACUACCACAUAAAGGAAGAGGUACUGACUUUCAAGAUCAACUUGUGGGUGCUUGUUGAGUGCCUGAGCAUCUUUGGUUCGCGCUCGAGUCCCGGCAUGUCGGCAGCUCUCAAGCUUAUGUACAAUGGCCAUGGCUCGCCACUCGUGCUAUUGCUGGAGGAGGGUGGUGCCGUCACCGACUGUAAGAUCGUCACACGCGAUGCCUGCGAGUCUCUGGACUUCAACUUCAGCAGCGAUCGUGUGGUGAACAAGCUGAUCAUGCGCAGCGAGUGCCUGAGGGAAGUUUUUUCUGAGCUCGACCAGUCGAGUGCUUUCCUGAGCUUCCACAUCACCACCUCACCCGCCAACCUCAGACUUUCCACCUCUGGCAACUACGGUGUGGUACAGACAGACAUCCCGGGUGACAGCGAGAUGAUCGAAACGUUCAAGUGUUCCAGUGCGACGUCGCACUCCUACAGGAUGUCCCUCCUGCACACCACCUUCAAGGCCCUGGCGGCGGCUCAGAAGGUGUCACUGCGCGUUGACGAGCGCGGCUUCAUGUGUCUGCAGUUCAUGAUCAAAGCGGAGGGCAACGAAAUUGCCUUCGUCGAGUUUUUCUGUUGCCCUGAAGAAGAACUCAUGGACUGAAGGCUGACGUGGGCAUUCAAAGAUGGGUGACGUUCGUCUACAGCGCGACACAUGGCGCUGCUUUGACCUUAUGGAACGCAUAGUACAAAAUCCUCCUAUUCUUAAAAGGCGUUAUAAUUAUAAAAGAGUAUCUACAAAAAGGAAUAAAAUAUUUUGUAUUA